GAGAAAUGUUUAUAGUCAUUGUACCUUCAAAUUACUAGUUUAUACCUAGUUUAGUUGCCGUUAAGUUAAUAAAAUAUUGACGAACACGUGUUUAUUGAUUGAAAAUACUUGUACAGUUGUCGCUUAUUGUUGUUUUUGUUCUUGUUGAAGAAUUCAUCAAUUCUUCUAUUUUCUGUGAUAUAACAAGAAUGGAUGAUCCUACAGUAACUAUUCACCAAGGGGUUCUCAGGGGAUCUAUUGGUCAGGACCAUGCGGGUGAAAAAUAUUACAGUUUUCUUGGUAUCCCUUACGCUAAACCACCAUUAGGUGAUUUGAGAUUUAAGGCCCCUCGGCCCCCAGAAGGUUGGUCCGGGAUCCGAAACGCUUUUGAAGAAGGCGACGAAUGCUAUUCACGGCAUCCAGUUCUCCGACAUAUAGUAGGCUCUGAGGACUGCCUCUUUCUCAACGUUUUCACUCCAGAAUUACCGAAUAAUACGAACAAAACAAAAGAACUUAAACCUGUAAUGGUAUGGAUCCAUGGUGGUGGUUUUAACGCUGGUUCUAGUAAAUUAGAGUUUUACGGGCCAGAGUUUUUACUUCCAGAGGAUAUCGUUUUCGUAUCAUUCAAUUAUCGAUUAGGAGUACUAGGAUUUCUGGCGUUAGAUGACCCUGAAUUGGGUGUACCAGGAAAUGCUGGCUUAAAAGAUAUGGUAAUGGCUCUUAAAUGGGUCCAAAACAACAUUCACUUUUUUAUGGGUGACCCAAAUAAUGUAACCAUUUUUGGACAAAGUGCUGGUGCUGCAGCUGUGCAUUAUUUAGUUUUAUCGCCUAUGGCAAAAGGCUUGUUUCACCGAGCAAUUGCCCAAAGUGGCUGCGCACUAAAUUCUUGGGCUCAAGGUAGGCGAAUAUGUUGGGAGUUGGCGAAAAUAUUAGAAUGUAAUGUUGCAACCGAGAAAGAACUUCUAAAAAUUUUAAAAGAAAUGUCGGUAGAAAAAUUAUUCGCAGCCCAAGAAGAAAUAAAGGAUGUUUACUAUGCCAGUGAAUUAAGGCCUAACGGUCCAGUUAUAGAAAAAACUUCAAAACACGAACUAAAUUUUCUUGUUAGUCACCCCAUUGACAUUUUAUUAUCUGGAAAUUACAAUAAAGUGCCCAUGAUAUUUGGUUAUGCAACUAGAGAAGGAAUGAUUCUGGCUCUGUUCGACAAAAAAACUGCCGGUGAAAUAAAAAUUGUAGAAGACUUUGAAACGACAGUACCUGUUGCUCUAGGAUUUUCCAAAGGCAGCUAUUCAUCAAAAUUAGUUGCGCAAAAAAUUAAGCAAUUUUAUUUUGGUUCCGACGAACCGGGACUGCACAAUUUAGAUAAAUAUUACAUGAUGCAUACAGAUAAUUUCUUUCUCAGGGGGAUUUACCAUAGUAUUAGGAAUCAUAUUGAAUCGUCAACAUCGCCUAUUUAUUUGUACAGAUUUUCUGUAGAGACUAGUCUUAAUGUUUACAAGACUCUUGGAGAAUUGACACUACCAGGGGUUUGUCACGUGGAUGACCUAGGAUAUUUAUUUAAAACAGCCGUGACCCCGGAAAUACACGGCAAUAGCAUAGAAGAAAUAAGUAUUAAAAGGAUAACUAAACUGUGGACAACUUUUGCCCGUUAUGGUGAUCCUAAUCCAAAAAAGCACGAUCCACUUAUUAACGUUAAAUGGAACCCUGUCAGUAAAAAUAAGAUUCAUUUUCUCGAUUUCGGGGAAAAUCUAACUGUUGGCAUCAAUCCUGAGGAAGAAAGAAUGAAGUUUUGGGAUCAGAUUUACUGUUUAAAUCCUACAAAAUCGAAAUUAUAAUAAUCCUAAAAAUUACACAGCCAAAACUCUUCAGAGAAAGGAAUCGAUAUCCUAUAUUCCUCUGAAGAAUUUUGGAUAUGUACCUAUUAUAGUUCAGUUGUUAUUAUAAAAAUAUACUUUUCGAAAACUUAAAA